AUGAAGAGACUAUCGUCAUCUCAACAGGCCAUCGUUUAUAACAUACUUGAUACCCUACCCCUGGAUGUAGUUAAGACAAAGGUAUUAAACUCAUGUGGCGUGACAGGAAUACACUGUGACUGUAAGCGCCUCCUCAAAAAGUCAACGCAGUCUAGCUGCCCCAUGAUCUUCAAGUUCACUACCUCAUUUGACGCCAAAAGAUUUACGAAACUACAAGACCACAUAAGGUUACAUAGCAGCUUUAAAAAUGUUGCUAUUGAACAAGACAAAACCAUGUGCCAACGCAGAAAACGAAAAAGAAGUAGUCUGGCCAGUUCAUCACCUUUAAACAAGGAGGCUGCUGUGUGCACAGACAGACCAUCAGAAGGUGCUGACAUGGUCAAUAAUUCUGUUGAACGUACCUUUUCCUCGGUACAUCGGUCUCGAUCAAAUCUAGCUACAAGUGAACCUGAUCCUUCAGCUGCUUGUAGAUAA